AACAAGAACAGGAAGCGGACAGUGCCAAGACCUUUCUCCAAACUUCCACUGAGAAACACCAGGGCUGUAAUGUUCAGGAGAAGCUGAGCUGAAGUUUUGUGGUAAAAAGGGCUCGCUGUCCUUCGGCAUCGUGUCUGUUCCGGUGUCUGUCCCGGGAAGCGCGAGACCGAGUCGUGCGAUGAUGGAGGACUUUGAUGAGAUCUACGAAGAGGAGGAGGAGGAGGAAGAGGAGGACGAGGACAGGGCCGCGGAGGAGCAGCUCCUCAAGUACGCUCCGGACCCGGUGGUGGUGCGAGGGUCCGGCCACGUCACUGUCUUUGGGCUUAGUAACAAAUUUGAGUCAGAAUUUCCUUCAGCACUAACAGGAAAGGUGGCACCAGAGGAAUUCAAAGCCAGUAUCAACCGUGUAAACAGCUGCCUGAGGAAGACGCUGCCAGUGAACGUGCGGUGGCUCCUGUGUGGCUGCCUCUGCUGCUGUUGCACAUUGGGCUUCAGUUUGUGGCCUGUCAUCUGUCUCAGCAAGAGGACAAGACGAUCUCUAGAGAAACUUCUGGAGUGGGAGAACAGCAGACUUUACCACAAGUUGUGUUUGCAUUGGAUACUAAGCAAAAGGAAGUGUGAAACCAACAACAUGAUGGAAUAUGUAAUCUUAAUAGAGUUCUUACCUAAGAUCCCCAUCUUCAGACCAGACUAGCCCAGUUGCAGCUGAUCUUAAACCUCCACUGCUGCCCAGCUCUGAACCACAAUGGCUGUCAAGCUCCUGAAAGAAUACCCCAAUCUUUUUGUUUACAGGGUAGCAUUGAUCCUCGCUCUUUUCUCUUUAACCUGUUCUCCCACACAUACCUUCUCUUCACCCUUGUUUACAAACCCGGCAUCCCAACACUCGUUUUUGGAGUGAAUUCACCAUUGAAUCACGACCACGAUCAUCGGGCGAGCUGGCACACUGUUAAGCCAUGCUAACCUGCACCAGCCUGUGGGAUGUUGGGAGAACCAGCCAUGGGCAGCGUUAAUGGAUUUUGGAUCUAGAGCUGGAGACCGGACUCUCAGAUCGAGUUCUCUGAGCUACGACUGGAAUUUUGUCACUUGUAUUUCCCCUAACCUAAGCACAUGGCACAGUCAGACCAUGAUAAAACAAACACUUUCACGUGUAACCUACUGUCACACCGCCAACUUCACCUGCAAAAAAUACACCCCAGUGCUUUUGUAACAGUUAGUGUGGUGCUCUAGAUCAUUACAAGAGGCUGUGGAGGCAACUUAACAUGGAACUCCAAAGGAACCUUUAUCCAAAUCAACUCUGUAGCGGACAGAUUAGUCUUACAGAAGCAUGUUGGGCCACAGCCAGAACAGCUGAACUCAAUAAUGUCCCUCUUCUCAUCAACUACCAAACAUCCUCUCGCCUCCUUUGACAUAUCUGCACACUUCACUGUGCAUCACCCCAAACCCAGUGACAAUCACAUACUGACUGUACUCUCCGUAGUGUGAAUGGGUCUUUAUGCUACACAGUUUACCUGGAACAUUUUUGUUUUCAACAUUAUGUGUCAAGGUGAUGGGCUGGCUGCCUAGCAACUGCUUCUGAGUUGCAGUGGAACAAGUAAGCUGGGAAGGAAAGCCACUAGUGAUGAAGAAGAGACACCUUUAUUCUUUUUCUUUUUUUAGUAUCUCAAGUUUUGUUUACUGUUUUGGUGAAAGAGAAGCAAUCAUUACUUCACUGGUGUGUGUGUGUGUGUGUGUGUGUGUGUGUGUGUGUGUGUGUGUGUGUGUGUGUGUGUGUGUGUGUGUGUGUGUGUGUGUGUGUGUGUGUGUGUGUGUGUGUGUGUGUGUGUGUGUGUGUGUGUGUGUGUGUGUGUGUGUCUUUCUGAGAGAGAGCACUAUAAGCAAAUCAGACACAGAGAUACUCUUUAGCAGGGUUCUUCCUUUGACGCAUUUCUUUACCAUAAUCGAUCUUUGUUACUUUUGUUGUAAUUUAAUAUAAAUGCAUGAGUGCGCAUAGAAUCUGUGCAUUCGUGAAAGGGGCCUCAGUUGUUUUUUUGCAAAGGUAUGCCAUGGUUGCUUCCUUUUUGUCUUUAUGGUCAUGUGUCAACACUAAAACACACAAUCGCUUUGUCCUUAACACCUUCACUUGGCCUCUCUUCCAUAUCUGCUGACCUUGGCUAACUUAUAUGAGUGUUCAAGUUAACGAUGUGGCUUUUCUGAGAAAGUUCCUCUGCUUUAGAUAUAAUCUGACCCUUUACAUUCAGAGGUCUGGAGUGACCAAGAAUGUUAGAUCAUUUUUAUUAGGGGUUAGGUAAUAGCAGGGUUCUGUAUCAUGAAGCAGGAUUACUAAAAUUAGCUUAAUACUAGACUACACCCACACCAGGAAUGUGGAUUUCAAGCUACACUAAUCAGUGUUUUUAUAUUAACAAUAAAAAAUGACUAAUGUGAAAGAGGUUACUUGUAAUGAUGUACCUACCUACAGAUAAUUAUCACCCAACUCUGUAGUCCCCCUCAGCUCUACGGAGCGUUUUAGCGUCUUUCAGCUCAUUGUUUUGAUUUUCUGGCCUGCAGCAGCAGGCAGAUGUUUUCAGAGACACUUCUGAUAAACACUAGCUGCUCAGCACCAAACAACACAGUGACUAGCUGGUGAACGUUGUGGAGCAUUUAGCAGCUAAAGAUAUUUCCCUCAGGAGUUAAUGGAGACCAAUAAUGGAGCUAAAAGGUGAAUGAAACUUGGACUUACUUUUAUCAGGUGUCUGGAAAUCUGACCCCAAUUGAAUGUUGCAGUUUGCUAACAAGUUGUUCAUUACUUCAGUUAUCUAGCUAUCUAACAAUCCUGCUUUGUUAUAAAGGCCUAAGACAAUUUUAAAACUGUCAACAUGUUAUAGAUCACAUCAUGAAGCACAUCUCAGUUUAAAUGAAACGUACAACCAAAUGCCAGCAAAAAGGGGAUGGUAUAGAUGUAGCUUUUCACUGUCAGCAUCACCUCUUGAUUUAUAAAAACAUCCAGAGACUGAGAUUCAACAAAGCCACUUUGUUUUAGGUCACACAGCUCCAGUGAUUAUGGGUCACACUCAGGGGAUUAUACUUACAACAACAAAAUGUAGUAUUGGAAAAUCUCACUGUCAGGUAUGUUCCAAAGUUAUACCAGGGGCUCAAGUAUUCUGCACAGAUCACACAUUACUUGAAUAAUUGGAGUAUGUUAUGAAAUUGAAAAAAUGCCUCUAAAGAAAAAUAACCUUUCUGUGGUCUUCCUGUUGAGUUAGUAAAGGAAGCACAUCUUCCAUGGACCCACAAAGCUCAGAAAUCGUUUUGGUUUAUAUGUUAAAAGACCCAAAAAUUCUGGGUUGUGUAUUGGUUCAUCAGUGACUUUUCUAUAUUUUUGAUUGUGGUCGGUUCUAUGUAAAUCAAGGCAUAAGGCCAUAUGCAGAUAUUUGUGUGUGUGUGUGCACGGUGUAUGAAGAUGCAAAUGUUCUUCGUAGAUCUCAGACUGUGAUUGAACCCUGCACAGAAAUUGAGUCCUUUUUUUAUAUAAUCUUGAGUGGUCUGUGUGUUUGUGUGUAUGAGGGUGAGAAAGAUAUAUGUACAUAUGACUCAUGAGCAGGUGUGCAGAUGUACAGUAAUAAACUACCAAUAAACAAGGCUAUGGGCAUCCUCCUCUUUAA